CAAGGCCAUAUUUAAGACAUUGCAUAGUUUAUUAGAUUACUAUCUAACUUACAUGCAAAAUCAGAAUUUCAGUAAAUACAUAUAAUGCAGUAGAAGGGUUUCAACAGCUUUGUUGCUUUCUAAAGGGGACAAAGGUACUUGCGGUUAUGAUGGUUAAUAUGGAUUUCUUUGUUUCCUUUUCCAAAUCCUUAUCUUAUUUAAUCUGGUAUUUUUCAACCUUUGUGUUUCUUGGAGUAUGGAAAGAAUUCACUUUAGUAGAAUACAUUAGGUUUGUUUUUGUUUGUUUUCUUUUCUUGUACAUUUAAAAAUUUCAAAUGGCUAUUGCCAUUUCAUGGGAUGGUUGGUGCUUUUGCAGGUAUUGCUGGCAUAGGUGGUAUGGGGGCAGCGUGGAGAUAAUGGUGACAGGGGCCCACCUGGCAAAAUGGGGCCCCAAGGCUUCCCAGGGCCACUAGGUUUGAAAGACCAGAAGGGAGAAAUAGGUCUGCCUGGACUGCAGGGCAUCAAAGGGGAGGUAGGCCCUGAAGGCCCUGUAGGACCAAAAGGAGACAUUAGCUUUAAAGGAGAUACAGGGCCUACAGGGCACUUUGGGACCUCUAGAAGACUAGGCCCAAAGGAUGAUCUUGGCAAUCAAGGUAUCAAGGGCAGCAUUGGUUUGCGUGGUGAAAAAGGGUCAAAAGGUGACAUUGGAGAACAAGGUCCAAAGGGUGACAUACCUGAGAUAAAAAAAAAUGCUUUCUCAGCUGGAAUGAGUGAAACCUCCAAAAUAACUCCUGCUAACACCCCAAUUUGUUUUGAUAAAAUCCUCUAUAAUCGGCAGGGUCACUAUGACCCUCGGACCGGUCGCAGCGGAGCCUAUUUUCAUAUCACAUUUCAUCAUAUCACUGUCUCCUCUUGAAAUGUUAUAGUGGUCCUGAUAAAG